GCGCUGUGAUGACGUCUGGGUAAUGGCCGCACUCACUGUGUAGUGCAGGGUUUAUGAAUUUCUCCGGUAGAGGAAAAAUAAGAAACCAAGACAGAUCGCUCAUUGUUUGAACACAGUCACCCCAAGGAGAGAGACCGGGUGACUACCUACACUGAGACAUUGUCUCCUAAGACUCUGUGGUUUGAAAGAGUUCUUGCUGAUGGAUACGCCUGAGAGCCCCACCCAGUCCCCACAAUCUCCUGAGGAGGAGGAAAAGGGUCUCUCCGACAACGAGCUGCUAGAGUUGCCCGAGUCCCCAUCAGAAGUUGACAGGGGAGUCUCAGACAGUGAGCUUUUGAAUGAUGAUGAGAAUGAAGUACAGGAAGGUGGAGGAGACUCAGACUUUGAGGAUGGAGACAAAGUAGCAGCUAGACGAGAAGAUCCUGAGGAGGUAUCAGACCUGGAAGACUACAAGAUGGACAGGGAGGAGAGAGAAAACGUCCACCAACAUGACCUCGGUUUGACGGUCCGAGGAAGCAGGCGGGAUGCUAGCCAGUCUCCUGAGGAGGAAAUCCUUGAAACGCCGAGAUCACCUGAUCCUGACUCGCCAGGGCCAGAAGACGAGCGACUUUUCACCCCAGCAGAAGAGGAGCGAGAUGAGGAAGAUGAGGCAACCACCAAGUCUGGCCUUAGCCGUGCUGAGCUUGAGGAAGAGGAUGAUGAGGAAGAAGAGAGGAGGAGGCGGAGGAGGGCAGCAAUGGUAGUGAGUGAUUUGAAGGACGAAUCUUCUGUGUCCAGAGAUCUGGAUGAACAUGAGCUGGAUUAUGACGAGGAGGUUCCUGAAGAGCCGAGUGCUGCUGCUCCUGAGGAGGAGGAGGGAGAGAAGGGUCCCGCCGGGGAAGAUGGAGAAGAUGAGGAAGAGGAUGAUGAAGAGGAGGAGAAAAGACGGAAGAGAAAGGAAAGAAAACCAAUUCUGCCCCCAGAUAACAAAGACACACCGCUUAGAAAAUCUGAGGACUCGAGGGAGAGAGGCAGGAGAGAUUCGUUCCGUGAUAAAAAGAAAGAGGAAGAUGAUGGAGAGAUUGAUGAGGGAGAGAUAGAUGAUGAUGAUCUCGAGGAGGGCGAGGUCAAGGACCCGAUGGACAGGAAGAUCAGACCCCGGCCCAUCUGCAGGUUUUUUAUGAAAGGUAACUGCACCUGGGGCAUGAUCUGUAGAUUCAUCCAUCCAGGAGUCAAUGAUAAAGGCAACUACUCCCUCAUCUCCAAGCCAGAUCCCUUCUCUCCUAACGGAGCACCUCCUGGAGGAGGGGCAGGUGGACCUCACCCCCUCAUGCCCGCUAACCCCUGGGGAGCCCCUGCCGUAGAAGAGUUGCCUCCUCCGCCGCCUCCUCUAGAUCCUCCGGUGGAGAGCGCCUGGGAAAGAGGCCUUAGACAUGCCAAAGAGGGUUAG